AUGUCCAUCGCCUCCGUGCUCUCGCGCCGCCACGCCGUCACCAUCGUCGCGCGAGACAUGCCCGGCGAUCCACCGUCCACUGACUGGGCGAGUCCGUGGGCAGGCGCAUCCUUCAUUUUUGGCGGCUGCAACAAUCGGAGGGAAAUGCAGAUGCAGCUCGACGCUUUUGUAGAGCUGUGGAGACUGAGUGAUACUUGUCCGGGAUCUGGAGUUAAGAAGAUGAGUAUCAAUGAUGUGUUUGACGAGGAGAAAGGAGAUAGAGAUGUUUGGUGGAAAGAUCAUGUGACGGAGUUCCGCUGGCUAGGUAAAGAGGAGUUGCCGUUGGGUGCAAAAUGCGGAAUCACGUACAAGACUCUCGUAAUGAACCCUAAUGUGUUCUUAUUAUGGUUCAAAUCACAGCUCGAAAGCCAGGGUGUCGUCUUCAAGCGCAUGCAUUUAGACGCUCUCGAAGAUGUGGAUGCCAUCGGUCAUGAUGUACUAGUCAAUGCUUCUGGCUUUGGCUCCAAAUUCCUGACGGAUAUCCGAGACGAGGCUGUUGAGCUGAUUCGAGGCCAGACCAUCGUAGUACGGAGUGAUUAUGAUAGAUAUUUCAUGCGCGACAAUGGAAGAACUUACACGUAUGCUAUUCCUCGGGGCGACGGGACAGUUGUCCUGGGAGGCGUUCGUCACCGAGAUUCGAGUAGUACAAAACCUGACGCCGCAACCACUGAGGAUGUAAGCCACGACACACAAAAUGUACAAGCAUGA